AUGUCUUCCAAUAUCAAAGUAACCGAGCUGCCGUCUCAGAGCUCAUACCCGACAAGACAAAAAGAACACCAUGUCGGCAAUCCACCCACUUCCUUCAAGAACCCAUGGCCAUCAUUUCGCGAGUACAGCAAGUGGGAGGUGUUCAAACUCCGCUUUGGCAACAAUCCGGACAGGAACUUCGUGCCAGUCCCACAAGGCCACGAUGGCACUCGUUCGGACGAGCUGGUGAAGGUGUUGAAGCCUGAGUGGGGCUUGGAGCAGAAAGACAGACUGCGAGCAACGUGGAUCGGACACGCCUCUUUUCUGGUUGAGACAGCUGCAGAACCAGGAGCUGAGCGCGGUGUGCGAAUCUUGUUCGAUCCGUUGUUCAGCGAAAGAACAAGCCCGGUCUCCUUCUUUGGCCCGAAACGAUACACUCCGACCCCGUGUUCGCUCGACGAGCUUCCUGACGUCGACGCCAUCUGUAUCUCCCACGAUCACUACGACCAUCUGGACUACGCCACCAUCAUCCAUCUCUAUCAGCGUCGCAAAGGCCGCAUCCACUUCUUCGUAGGUCUUAACGUAAAAGCCUGGUUCACUCAGCACAUCGGCUGCGCCUCGAGCGAAGUCACAGAACUAGACUGGUGGGACACUCGCGAACUCCAAGUGGAAUGCAUCGGCAAGGCGCAACUGACAUGCUGUCCCACUCAACACUUCUCAGGCCGCACUGGCUUCGACGCUGGGAAUACGUUGUGGUGCUCAUGGGCGCUCAAGACAGACAAGCACAAUCUGUACUUCGCCGGUGACACAGCGUAUCAAGCCAAGGACACGCCAUCUGCGUGUCCUAUCUUCAAGGAGAUCGGAGAAAAGCUGGGACCGUUCGACCUUUCGCUACAGCCGAUUGGGUUGUACAGUCCGCCCCAAAUCAGCGGAGCAGUGCAUGUUACGCCGGAACAGUCUUUGGAGAUCCACAAAGAGGUCAAAUCAAAGCUCACGAUUGGCAUGCAUUACGGGACUGUCCGUGGUGGUCUGAGCAUGGUCUUUGAGGAUGUGAGAGUUCCCCCCAGGCGAUGGCGUGAGGCGGCGGAGAAAGAAGGCAUUUGGUGCGGAGGCGGUGUGGAAGGUGACGGCAGCAAGGUCAACGUCGGAAAAGAAGGUGUUGGACUUUGUCAUGUCGGCGAGACUGUCUCAAUUUGA